AUCUCCCAGUUCGACCCACUUUUCAUCGUUUUAUUUACGUAUGGAUAAGCAGUCUAUUUAAACUAUAUAUGUCAUUGAACCUAAGCUAAUCUCAAAGAAAACUCUUCAAGUCAUUGGCUAAUCUAGCGCCGGAGUACUUCACCAGACUCAAACAAAUUAACGUCAAGAUUUACAUUAAAUUUGACAAUGUUCAUCAUUUGAAGUCAUCUAUUAACAUCAUCAAAAUCAAAAUUAACAGUGGAAAAACAGGCCAAAUGAAACACAGGAAACGCAUAAGUCAAGUACCUCUACCAGAUCCCGUUCACGGAAAAUCCAAAAAAAUAAGAGUUUGGGAAAAUGGUAGUUCAGAGUGUCAUGUUUUCAAUAUCAACCCCAAAGAUUUCAGGACAUGGGGUAUUAUUCUACAUCAUAUAACGCACAUACUUCAUCCGACCUUCGGAGCUGUCAAAAAGUUGAUAGAAUUAAAAACAAAAAAAGAAGUAAAAGAUUUCGAUGAAUUAGAUCCGAAACAAAAAUAUAUAGCGACUGGAUUUAACGAGAAAUUAAAAGAACCCAUUAGAGGCUAUAAAACACAUGCAGAAUUACUUAAAGAAGAACGAGAGGCAACUCAAAGAUCUCCCAUGUACUCAGAGACCGGUAGAGUCACACACAAUUGGGAGUUUCUAAAGCAGACUGAAAAAUUGAGGAAUACAGUGGUGUAUGUAGCACUUAAUGGAAACACAAUUCCACCUCAAAAAGCUGUUUUUAAAGAGAGUGAAAUGGAAGACACUAAUUUGAUAAACAGCUACUGCUCCAAAAUGUUGGGAAUGCCGGACGGUAUCAGCCAUUUCUGCACCAUAUACGGCAGGAUUUUGAAGGAUCCGAAGGACUUCCAACACGGCUACUUGUACGUAGCCGUACCGUAUGGCGAAUCAUUCAUUAAAAUAGAUUAUAUGGCGCUGUUUAAGAAACAUUAUAACUAUAAGAAAACGAAAAAGCCCAAAAUACCGACCAUUAUAGUAAAACCUCAUAGUUCGGUGCAUUCCAGAUGUUCAAGACGAACCGUGAAAAUUGUUGGAAAAUCUGGAAAAUCUAGAAAGUCUGGAAAGACAGUGACUGAUAAUACCACGAAAACUAAAAUUCCCUCCUACAAAACCAAAAGUUUUGACUCAUUUGCCAGGAAGAAAAAUAAACUCACUAAUGUCGAUUCAAAGCUAGCAAGUGAAAAAGAAUUAAAAAUUACCUACUAUUCUAAAAGCGAACAGGAUCACAUACCAUCUUUUAAAGCUAGAACUGUUAGUAGUAUACCACAUCAAAAAUUUGUUCCUAAACAUUUUGAUAUUAGAAAGCCCUCUUUUCAUACCAGUACAGUAACUCUUUCUCCAGAAGAACUUAUUCGCAGUAACGAAGCUGGAUGUAUGUCCGAUGAAGAUCGCAAUAACGACGAAACAACUGUUGAUCAAGAGAAUUAUGAACGGAUAAUGUAUGAACAGCAACAAUUCGAAAAGGCCAACACUGAUAAGUUCUGCAAACAAGAACCACAUUCUAUUCCAUCUAAGAUCAUCCAAGAACCUUCGGAGAGCAAACAGACUGUUAAAACAAAAGUCUGUAAUGAAAAAAAAUAUCAUCAAACUAAAAUGGUGCAGGACUGCCAACAGCUCGUCUUUGGUUUGUGGUACAAUCAAGCAACGAACGGAAAUAAAAAUGAAACUGUAGACGUAGACAAUAUUGGACAAAACAACCACGAAAUGCAGCUAAUAAACUAUCAAGAACCUUUAAUUGGAGUAACACUCAAACUUCCAGAUGGUGGAAAACAACCACAUCCAACAGGAAGAUGUGAACAAGCAUAUUGUGAAAAAAACACCGUAACAUGGCGAGAACUAGGAGAGAAAGAACAAAAACAGAAAAAGUGUUCUGAUGAAAUAAUUUACGAAAUAAACAAAUCUAAUACUUGGAAUUCCAAUGAUCAUGUACACCCAAUCUCUGGUAAAAAUGAUAGCACAGUGUAUGAACAAAUAGGAGGACAAGCAUCUGAAGAGCUUCGCCAAGAAAAUGAUGAACCAGAAGAGGAAGAAACUGAUAGAAAUGGUGAAUACGAAAGGUUUAAUAAGCAUACAAAUGAACAUGAUAGUUUAAAUUCAUUUAAAUCGGAUGAUAAUUUGAACUAUUACUAUGUGAAACUUGUAAAUGAAGGUAACCAGACAAUGUUUAGAAAAAUUGAAUCGAGGGAAAAGUACGUACAAAGUGAUAUGAGACGUCAAUCAUGUGGACACAAACCAAGGUCAAGAAAGUGUGAAAGAGGAAAUAUUUUAAGUAGCGUCACUGAACCGAUUCUGACCUUGUCCCAGCAAAUAAUGGAAGCUGAUAGCAGUAUUGCUGUUACAUAUCAUGCUCAGUCUCGACAACGAACCAAAAAGUCAUUACCUAGAUCUUUCACAGUCAAAGAAGAUCAAUCCGAUUUGCAAAGGAAUGUAGAGUCGAACAAAAGAGCAGUGCACCUAGACGAAUAUUGUAAAAAAUCGAAAAAAACUCUCAGCCAACUAAUUCUGAGCGUAUCGAAAACUAUAAAGACCUACCAAGAUAUUCUGAAGGAGGUAGAAAAAGAUAUCGCGGAUGAUCCAAUUGCCCAAAGAUUAAUGCGAAAAAUAAAAAAAGGUUCUUGUGCAGCUACUGAAGAAACACGUAAAUCAACUUGUACCAAAAGAAAUAGUAACACUUGAAGACUUUUAAGAUAUAUUUUAUAUUCUUACCCGAAAAUAAGCAAAAAUAUAGAAGAAGAUUAUAAUAAUAAUAAUUGCAAAAAAAACUCCUAUACAAAUUUUACUAUAAUUAAAAAAGUGAGCUCACAAAAGAAACAGAUAUUUUUUAAAUAUGUUUUUCGUGUUGUCUCUAACGUUGUUUGUGUUGCUUAUUGGAGCGACUGUCAUGAUAUCUAUUGUCGCCGCGUCAGUCGCUGUCCUGGUAAUUGUCGCAAUCACCUUGGUAUUUGUGAUAUUUACCUUAUUUGUGACGCUUGGUACCGCAUUUGACACUCUGCUUUCAUAAGUGCAAAUGUAAAAAAGAAUAUGCUGCAUUUCUGUUAUUGUAUCUACCACAAAAUGAUUUUGUAUCAACUUGAAUCGUAAAACAUAGGAAAUUGUCUAGUCGUGAUGAAUUUUGCCCCGUAAAACCACGCCUACAUUAAUUUAGCUUUGAGAUAAUGUGCACCAUAUCAAAAAUGUAGUAGUAAAAUACGAAAUAACUCGUAGUGGUUUCAUCCGUAUUUGACUCGAAGAAACAAAAAUUAGCAAAAUAAAAGAAAUUUUUCUUUCACCAAGAAAAAAGAAAGCACCAGUACGUUUGUGCAUAGCUAUUUAGUACAAAUCGAUAGAAAACUAAGUGGGUCAUCACGAAAUAUCUCGUAACUUGGCAGAACUACUUCUUUUAAAUAAUAUCAUAUUAUUUAUUUUUAUUUAUUUAUAUUCAACACUUUUUGUAAUAUUUUUUACACUCUUUUUAUAUUUAAUAAUCGACUUAAUAACCAAAUAGUCGUAUUUGGCCGUCAAUGUAUUUAAAAUGUGCAAAAACUAAAUUUUUAAAAUUACUUAUUUUUAUUUAUUGUUUUACGGGUCUAUAAGUCAUAAUUCAUCCUACAGCUAGGUUUCUUUCAGCUAUAUUAUAAUGCUUACAAUUAAUAAAAUGGUAGUUACAUCCCCACCUAACACAUCUUCAAUAACAGUUUUUUUAUAUCUUUGAUAAUCUUAGGAGAUUAGAUGAUUAAAAUGUAGCCAAUGCCAAUAAAAUGUAUACUAAAUGAUUUGUAAACUAAACGAAUAAAAAUUUAAAUAAUAC